AUGAAUUCGAGUUAUGUUUCUACGAGUACUACUACUAGUGCCCUAUCUUCUUCUUCUCCCUUGUACUUACUGCCCUUUGAUUUUCUGGAAACUAUUUUGGUCAAUACGAUUUUUAAUGGUAUCGGUUAUGAAAGUUGGAGGAAGGGAAUGAAGUUAGGUUUGUCUUGUAAGAACAAAUUAGGGCUGAUAAAUGGUAGUGUGCCCAAACCUCAACCUACUUCGCCGCUUUUUGAGCCUUGGAAUCGAUGUAAUGAUAUGGUAGUUGCUUGGAUUUUAAAUAGCCUAGAUAAGGAAAUUACGGAAACAGUGAUGUACACUGAAUUUGCUGAAAAAUUCUGGAAGGAUAUAGAACAGAGAUUUGUUCAAGUUAGUGGUCUUAAAAUUUUCCAAAUCCGAAAAGAUAUUUCUUCCAUUACCCAGGACAACUCUAAUAUCGCCUCAUACUUCAAUCGAAUUAAGAGGCUUUGGAAUGAGUUGUGUUUUUCCAUUUCAUAUCCUGAGUGUGAGUGUGGUUGCAAAGAGGCUUUUCAGAAACUUGAUGAAGAACAGAGGGAACAUCAAUUUUUAAGUGGCCUGAACGACUCUUACUCUACCAUUAGGAGGAAUAUCCUUUUGAUGAAGCCUCUACCUGAUGUGGACAAUGUCUUCCAUGCUCAUAAAUGA